GACACUGCAUGCUGAAGUUUGAAGAGAUCACAGUUAAUGAAUUACAACUAUGGCCACCAGCAGUAGCACUGACAAAGAGGAGAGACAGGUUCUCGGUUUCAAGACAGUCAAGGGUCUGGAGAGACAUGUGCAGAAGCUGCAACUGAGACGGAUAAUGAUUGCUGAUCUUAACAUGAGCAGCGAUAUGGAAGGAGGUUACAUUGGAGGUCGUGUUGUGGCCUCUCAUGCCUCCUCCUACAGUCAAGGUCAUACUCUGACCAUCUUUGUGAGGGACGAGUCUGUAUCAGACACACAGGACGAUAGCUGUCAGUUGUUGAUGAACAUCGAUGGAGAGAUAGCCGAGGAUAUGCCCAGUUUAUUGUCGGAGGAGUUCAUGUUAUUUGUGAGCCAUGGUUUGAUUAUGCUCAAUGAAGUGGAGUUCAGCCAGGAUCACGAUUGUUGUUUGCAAGUCAAGGGGCCACAGCCAAGAGUCUGGAUUGUCCACAAGAGUGCAGAGAAGCCCGGGUUCUUCCAGCGGCAGUCCUGCAAGGCAGCCUGGUUCCAGAAGCAAAAGAAGAGGUUGGAAGUUGAGGCAGCUGAACCCAAAGAGACCUCCCCACCCAUACCCUCGGCUGUCCAGGACUCUCAACAAUCUACUCAAAAUGCGGACAACUAUUCCCUCCCCUCCGACUACAACUUCCCUCCUGACUCAGCAUUUAUCUCCUCUGCUGAUGACACGAGUACAGCUAGCAGUAGUAGCAGUAGCAAUGAGUCCGAUAUUCCCUGGGAGAGUAGACAAGUCAAGCGAGGAGACACUGGACGCAAGUAUGUGUACAAGAACCUAUCAGAGAUACAAUCUGGAGACAAGAAGAUGUACGUGUAUGCCGUUGUCAAGGAUUUCACAGAGCCCACACAGACACGCGGCACUGACGUAUACUCUGUAAUGUGGUUGAUCGAUGAAAGUACCCAAGCUGGAAUCAAAUGUCUCAGCUUUGCUCGAAGUGUAGACAAGCUUCCCCAAGUACGCAGGAAAGGUGACGUGGUGUCCCUUCAUCGCGUGUACUCUGAAGUGUACCAAUCUUGUCUACAAUUGAUUAACAAUCGAUUUUCCAGCUCGUUGAGAUUCAGUGGUAAAGUAGGUGGAUCGCUGAAAGCCCACACGAGCGCAUUGUCAUACACCCUCUCUCGUGAGGAUAAGCAGAGGGUCAGGCAACUGAGGGCAUGGUACCUACAGCAAAGCAGAGGACACUGUAUCAAGGUCAAGGAUGUCACCGAAGAGUCAUCGUUUGGACUCACCUGCCAACUAGUUAGUGUCUCUGUAACUGGUGACUGUCUUGUAUUGACCGUGUGGGAUGGCACUAAACCCAACCUCUCUCUGCACACACGACAAGUGGGCAAGGAAGACGAUUUGAGAACUGUUCAAGCACUCAAGACUGUAGCCUAUGGAUUUACAUACCAAGUGGCCAUCAAAGACCUCUCACAUUGUACCCCUGCACUGAAACCUGGUAGCAUUUUGCUCAUCAACAACGUUACAACUGCCACAAUCGAUGGACAAGUUGAACUUUGUGUAAACGAUCAAAAACUGAACGACUGCAUUGAGGUCCUCCAGGCACGAGAUUAUGCACACGUAGAGCUAUUGGAGACCCUCCAAAGUGUGUCUGGCCCCACUACAACAACCACCCCUCAUGCACAGGCCCCCUACAUUACAAUCGCCACUCUUCAUCAACUCACUGAGGUCCCACUGAGAGCACACUUGAGAGUCAAGAUGGUAGCCAUUUGUACCCAAAGCCUUGAGGACAUGGUCAGACUGCACUGCACCCAUUGUGGUCUACUGGAGCAUCUCACACCAGAAACAAACGUUAAUGCUAAAGGAUUGUCUACCCUCCCUUGUCCCCGUUGCCCCAGGAAAUCAUUCCCUCACUGCUCCUAUGUGUUCCAGAUGACUGUCACUGACUUGAGUGGGGAGGUGGUCAUCCUACACGUUGCCUACCAUGAAGCCGCCAAACUCCUGGGAAAAGUCCACCCCACCAAUCUGUACCGUUGCCAAACCCCUCGCUAUCGAUUGUUGCAAAGGCUGAACCAUUUCACAGGUGGAAAUAAUCCGUUCAGCCCUCAGACUAACCAGCCCAGACCCUGGAUAGAGUGCUGUGUCGUCAAGAUCAAGUAUGAAGAGGCUUUCUACCACGUCUUGUUUGACACGAGCAUCACCAUGGACACUGUCUAACUCUAGAUCUCUUAAUUGCCCUGACUGACAGAGACUACUAGAAUUAUUGCCAUCUCGAUCCUUAUUGUUGUGUUAAUUGUGUCUACUUACAUGCUAUUAUCACAUUAAGUUGUUUCAUCAAUAAUAAAUUACUAGCUCACUUUAUGGCUGUUAUGAAAAUUAUCUUCAUUGCACAACAAUCUUGAUAUCCAUAAUAA